AUGUGUCCAUCUUCAAAUCUGCUGUUAUUUAAACUACUACUGCUGUUUCUUGCUCCGCUUGUGAAUAUGGAGUGUUUAUCUGAAGCAAACACGCAGUUCUCUCUAAACCUGUUCAAGAACAUCAGUGAAGAAAACCCCUCAAAAAAUGUGUUCUACUCUCCGAUCAGCAUCUCCUUUGCUCUCGCCAUGGUGUCGCUCGGAGCAAAAGGAAACACAGCGGCACAGAUAUUUAAGGUCUUGGGCUUUACCAAUCCUCCCACACACUGUGAGACUCCAGUAACUGAUGUUUCAAUGGACCAAAUUCAUUCCAGCUUUAACAAGCUCAUGAGUGAACUGAACAAACCAGGAGCCCCGUAUGUGUUGAGUCUCGCCAACCGUCUCUAUGGAGAACAAUCCUACCAGUUUGUUGAGAAAUUCCUUAAUGAUAUAAAAAAGUACUAUGAAGCAAAACUGGAGGAGGUGGAUUUCAAGAUGAAUUCAGAGGCUGCACGAGUCGACAUCAACAAAUGGGUGGAAGAAAAAACACAAGAGAAAAUCAAGGACUUGCUCCCACAGCGAUCCAUCGACGCAUCUACGAAACUAGUCUUGGUGAACGCCAUCUACUUCAAGGGGAACUGGGAGAAGAAAUUCCCAAAGGAAGACACUAGAGAUGGACAGUUUAAGCUGAACAAGGCUCAAACUAAACCAGUGAAGAUGAUGUAUCAGAAGACCGAGUUUCGUCUGGCUUCAAUCCCAGAGAUGAACAGUCAGGUUCUGGAGCUGCCGUAUGUUGGGAAGAAUCUCAGUAUGUUGAUCAUCCUUCCGAACGAUAUCCAAGACGAAACCACUGGCCUUCAGAAGCUUGAAAAGGCACUGACCUACGAGAAGCUUAUGGAGUGGAUCAAACCCAGCAAAAUGCGUCGACAGGAAGUUCAAGUAUCUCUGCCCAGAUUCAAGAUGGAGGAAAGCUAUGACAUGAAGAGUCUUCUGAUCCGCAUGGGGAUGGAGGAUGUUUUUAAUGACCAGAAGGUGAAUCUUUCAGGCAUGUCGCCCAACAAUGACCUGGUGGUGUCGAAGGUGGUUCAUAAAUCCUUUGUUGAAGUAAACGAGGAAGGAACCGAGGCGUCUGCAGCCACCGGCGUCAUAAUCAUUGAAAAACUAUCAAUGCCAUUAGACCCAAAAACCUUUACUGCGGACCAUCCCUUUCUUUUCUUCAUCCGACACAAUCCCUCCAACAGCAUCCUGUUUUAUGGACGUUUCUGUUCUCCUUGAAGAUAGUAAUGAUAGUGAUAAUAAAAAGUAUCUUUCUCUAACAAAUAAAGGCUCUAGCAAAUAA